AUGCUGGCCACCUUCACCCUGACCAAUGCUGCCCCACAAGACCCCACUUUCAACAGAGGCUCCUGGAAGGUGCAUGAGAAGCACGUGUCAGAUUUAAUGGGGGGAGUCUGCCGAAACGGAGCUUUCGUUGUGACUGGUGUGAUACCAGGCAAUCAUCCGAUUGGCAACAAUUUCUUUGGUAAUCGUGCACCUCCGCUGGGACUGAGAGGCCAAAAUAACAACCGCUACAGGGAGAUAUGCCAGUGUCUCCCGAACCAGAACAAUCAGCUGCUUAUUACAGCAUAUCGUUACGCUACACUUUAUGACACAGAGAAUAAGAUCCCAGUCUACUCAGCUUAUGAGUUUACAGGGCAUGAGCAUGUUGACAGAGAAGAUUCCUGGUGGAUUGAGCCUCAGCUUGAUGGAGGUAAACAGCAAUGCAUGGGACGUUCAAUUACCAUCAACCCAGCAAACAGGGGCCGGCAUCAAGCCUUAAGUUCUGACUAUGAAAGCUCUGGCUAUGAGAGGGGCCACCUGUUCCCAGUCUACCACACCAGAACGUAUGAUGCAAUGCUGGCCACCUUCACCCUGACCAAUGCUGCCCCACAAGACUCCACUUUCAACAGAGGCUCCUGGAGGAAGCAUGAGGAGUGUGUGUCGUGUUUCAUGGAGGAAGCGUGUCAAAACAGAAAAGCUUUCGUUGUAACUGGUGUGGUACCAGGGGUCCGGAAGAUUGGCAACGGUGUCAGAGUAGCCAAAAUGUACUGGCGGGCCUUCUGCUGCAGGACAGUUGUAGGACCAAAUAACAUGGGUCCAGUGUACUCAGCAGGUUAUAUUGGUCCAGACCAGAAUGCAAUGGCUUCUUUCCUGUCACCGUCCUCGCCCUCACCCAGUAACGAUGCACCAGUUCGGAUUGCAGAGCACCUGAACUGCUCCAUCUGUCUGGACCUGCUGGAGAACCCUGUCACCACCACCUGUGGUCACACCUUCUGCUCCACCUGCCUGGACCGUCACAGACACUACAAUGAUCUGGUGUGUCCGCUCUGUAAGCAAGUUCUGCGAGUCAGGCCAGAUGUGAACGUGAUUCUCAGAGCUCUAGUUGAUGAGCUACAUGAAGCCAGGCGUCCAAACCCUGAUGAGUUCACGGGAGCUCCAGGAGAAGUGGCAUGUGACGUCUGCAGUGGAAAUCGGAGGCUGAAGGCUGUGAAGUCCUGUCUGGUGUGUGUGGCGUCGUACUGCAACUUGCAUGUGGAACAGCACCGAUCCACACCACGACUGAAAGGCCAUCACCUGGUGGCCCCAGUGGAGGAACUGGACCAGAGGGCGUGUCUGACCCACGGUCGACCCCUGGAGCUGUACAGCUGUGAGGAGGGAAAAUGUAUCUGUGCUCUGUGUGUGCAGGAGGGCAGGCAGGUUGUUCCCAUAGAAACAGAGAGGAACAGGAGACAGGAGGAGUUGAGAGGCAUUAAAGAGAACAUGGAAAAAAUGAUUCAGGAGAGAGAAGACAAAGUCAAAGAAAUUGAGUGGGCAGUGGAUCAGUGUAAGACUCAGAUACACAGACAGGAGGGGGAGAUUAAGGAGGUAUUUGAGGCUUUGAUGGCAGCAGUGAAGGAGGCCGAGAGGGAGGCGCUAGAACCUUUUGAAGAGAGGAGGAGAUGCCUAAAAGAAGAGGUUGAGGGGCUGACCACCGAACUGAAGAGGGAGAUCGGUGAAUGCAGCGAGGUCAUCGCUGAAAUAGAUCGAAUCACUUAUGUUGAAGACCAUGUUCACUUCCUGCGGAGUUACCCAUCGAUGCCCGAGAGCAGUAGAGAGUGGACAGAUGUGGCCGUUAAGGCUGAGUUAACUUUUGGGUCCAUGCAGAAAAGCUUGGUGGCUAUGAGAGCUCAAAUUGAUGCAGAACUUGAGAAACUCUCCCGUCUUGAAAUUGGGAGGAUCAGGAAGUUUGCAGCUGAUGUUACUUUCGACCCAGAUACAGCAAAUGCUCAGCUAGUUCUGUCGGAUGAUGGAAAGGAAGUGAGAGAUGGAGGGGUAAAACAAGACAUCCCAGACAACGAUGAAAGAUACGACUUGUUCGGCUGUGUCCUGGGUCAGAACCAGCUGACCUCUGGCAGGGCUUACUGGGAGGUUGAUGUCUGGGAAAAGACAGGAUGGGAUUUGGGUGUGGCAGCUGAGGAUGCCAACAGGAAGGGCAAGAUCUCCCUAAAGCCCAGUCAGGGUUACUGGGCCAUUGUGCAUUGUAAUGAGAAUCUUUACUGUGCACUGGAGGAUCCUCCUGUCCGUCUUCCUGUCCCAGAGAAAGUCCAGAAAGUGGGGGUGUUUGUGGACUAUGAGGAGGGUCUGGUGUCCUUCUAUAAUGUGGAGGCCAGAUCGCAUAUUUACACCUUCACUGACUGCAACUUCAAGGAAACUCUCCGCCCAUAUUUCAGCCCCCAUUUUCGCCAAAGUGGGAGAAACUCAAGUCCAUUGGUCAUCUGUCAUGUCAGUCAAAAUGACUGA